AGGUCAACACAGUUCUUGUUCUCUUGAUUUAGCGAUAUUCUCCUGCGUUUAUUCUUGCAGGCCAUUUCUUUAGAGCUGUCUGUGAAAAAAUCCAGGUCCGCUCCACCACACACAAUACUUUUCGUCGUUUUACCAAACAACCAAAUAGGAAUCCGCUGCAUUGUUCUUUGUCGAUACAGUUCGCACCACUAGAAAGAUAACCCAACAUAACAAGAACAAUAAGCACAAGUCGUUUUUCAACCACCAGAAGUUGUGUAGGGCGAGAAAAUCUAAAUCUCAGCAGGGGACUACUACCUCUGUUCCGCAACCGACGCAUCCCAAGCGAAGCGCCAGUACCACCUUCUCAGGACCAGGAACAUCGACCAUGUGGGGUGGCGGAGCUCCGGGUGGCUUUGACAAUUUUGGCGGUGGCUUCGACAAGAAUGGUGGCGGGUUCGGCGGAAAGAAGGGCGGAGGCGGCUUUGGUGGCGGAAAGGGUACUUAAAAUUAUGUCGUGUUUUUCUGCCAGGUACACGACAGUAAAACCAACACCAUAAUGAGAUUUUAUCUAAUCUUGUGGUGCGGAUGACCCUCCAUCAUGGAUCUCGCAUGUCUGCCAUGCGUGUUUAAGUUGCAGGAGGUUGUCAUGCAAAAUAAGACCAUCACUUCAUCAAAAUGUCACUUAGGUAAAGGCAAGGGCGACGGAAAGAAGGGCGGCGGAAAGGGGAAAAACUCGCAUCGGCAGAACCAUGAUGACAUGAAAGCCGCAAAGGCGGCCCGGGAGGACCAGCACUUCAUGAUUUUAUCAACUGCAAGUGUGUCAUCUGGGUCUGGAUCUGGAAGGAUGCAACUUGUGAUGCUGCAUCUGGAUUCCACAAAAAUCUGUAUUGCAUGAACAGCAAAAGAGGUCCAGUUUUUCCCAUGGUGAGAGGGCAUUUCUGAUACGGUAUAGGCAUCAGGAAGCCCUCUCAAAGUCUGUGAUGCUAGGGCAUGCAUCACAGACAUCAGGAGUCAUGCAAAAUGUGCAUGACAAACCUGGCAUCGUUCCAGACCCAGACGUAUUUGCAAUUGAUAGAUUUGCCAGGAGCACAACAAGCAGUCCCGCAUGCUCAAGGAUGUCCACAUUGACAACGAGGAGGAACUUUUCAACGUGGAACACUCGGUAUGCAUUGCAAGAGUAUCGUACUACUACUAGUAUGAAAAUCGCAUGACAAAUCUCCUCAGCAUGGGAGAAAGAAUUUGUAAUGCAGAUUUGCCUUGAGGAAAGAGACUUGUAAUGCAUGGCUGCAAUUACUACAAGUUUACGGUACCUAUUGCAAGGCAUACUCGGAGAUGGGUGUGGAUUUCUCGAGGUACGACAACAUUCCAGUGGAGGUGAAAAUCCAGGGUGCCGAUAUGGUAGUGCAUUUAGCCCCCCCUGCUCCACCACCCUCGUUUGUCAUGCAAAAAUGCAAUCCGAGCCGUUGCCUUGUAGGCUUUACUUGCAUGACAAGCUACACCAGAACUCCAAACCGUACGUAUAGCUAAUUUCUGGACUACUUGUCAUGCAGAAGCUACAUCUCUGUUUGUUGUUUCUGUUGCUGCUCAUGCUAUACAAAUGCAGGGGAUCAUCAUAAAGGGGGCUAUGUGCACUCCGAUAUCCGAGGGGGUGUCUUCGGAAGAAACAAAGCACCAGAUCAUCGAAGGCAUGGAGUCCUUUGCUAUGAAAGGCAAAAGUAUCGUACUAGUAGAAAUCGCAUCACAAAUUUCCUCACCAGCAUGAGAAAUUGAAAUAAAAAUUUGUAAUGCGGAUUUACCUGCUUUAGGAAAAGAUUUGUAAUCCAUGACUGCAAUUGCAACGAGUGCGAUACUUUUGCAGUUCAUAUUUGCUACGGCAGCGCAAAAGCACCAGUUCCCGGACUGGCUGCGGGUUAACUUGAUGGAGAAAUGCAAGUAGAGAUGUUGUUGUGUUUGUUUUGCAUGACAAGUUCCGUUUGCUCUUGCUGUUUCCGCAUGACAGAUCAUCAUUUCCGUUUGUCUUCAUCGAAUCAGGUACGACCGACCGACCCCGAUCCAGAAAUACACGGUGGGAAUCAGCUAUCCAGUGCAAACAUGAUGUCUGGGUCUGGGACAAUGCGCAAGUUCAUUACGGCGCAGCUUUUGCAUCAUGCCAGGCGUUGUCUGGAAUGGAAAGCGAAGCAUCACAAAUUUAUGUUCUAAUGCUUCUCUGUACCUACGAUCCACCAGGAGAAAUCGAAAUCCAUUCUGAAGACGGCGAUAAUUGGACAGAUUCAGCUUUUCAUGCUAAACAGAUUUUAUUUCUACCAGCCAGACUUAGUCGAUAACAACCUUUUACUUUCUUCCAGACCUCCCAGAUUUCAUGUUUGCAUUGCAUAUCAGCAUGCAGGGCUCCGAUUUGAUGUCCUGUGCGCAGACCGGGUCCGGGAAGACUUGCGCGUUCUUAAUCCCAGUGGCUUUGAACAUCCAGCAGACAGCGGCGGAUCGGUACUUAUCAUGUCUGUGGUUGUAAGUUUGUCAUCCAGUUCGUAUCGGUAUGAAAUGUUGAACCAAGCGAGAUGUCAGUUCUGCACGACAAAUUCAAGUACUAGAUUUGUCUACUUACAUCACAUCAAAACCAACUGAAAAAUCCGAACACAACAGCCGCGCCAGCCCGGAAGCUUGGCAGGGUCCGGCCAAACCCCUCGCCGUCAUCCUGGCGCCAACCCGAGAGCUGUGUACCCAGAUCCAUUUCGAAGCGCGGAAGAUCACGUUUCAGGCGGGGAUGCGGUGUGUGCAGUGCUACGGCGGCGUGGAUGCCAAGCCGCAGCUGACGGAACUGGCCGCAAAUGCGGACUUGUUAAUCGCGACACCGUAUGCAAUGCAAAAGUAUCGCACUCGUAUAAAAAAUGCAUUACAAAUUUCCUCAGCAUGAGAAAUGAAAUUUCUGAUGCAGAUUUACCUUAAGAAAAAGAUUUGUAAUGCAUGAAUGCGAUUACUACUAGCACAAUGCUUUUGCAAUGCAUACACCGGGGCGAAUGAAGGAUUUUUUGGAGAGGAACGUGAUUUCUUUGGAUUUGUGCCGCAUGUUAGUUUUGGACGAGGCGGACAGAAUAUGAGAGUGCACAACCCCCCUCCUCUUCAUUUGUAUUGCAUGAUACAGCAGCACAAACACCAGCACUCAUGGAGCCUGUGGAUGACAAAUUCAUGCAGUUUUAGUGUAGUACUGUUUGGCCUUCCGGAAUCUGUCAUGCGUAAUAGUGACGCAGGGGAGCAAUUGGAGUUGAGAUUUUGCAUGAGAAAUGAGAACGAGGGGGAGUUGUGCACUCUUAUACAGAAUGCUGGACAUGGGCUUCGAGCCGCAGAUUUCCGACAUCGUCGAAAAACGCGACAUGCCCGGGAGGGACGAGAGGUAAGAACUGCUCCUUCCUCAUGACGGGAAAACGAAUUUGUCAUGCUAGGGUGCACAUUGAAAUUUCACAUUUAUGCAGAACGAAUUUGUAAAUGUAAAAAUCGUGGUGUAAGUAAAAAACAAAACCUUCAGGCAAUCUAUGUUCUUUUCCGCGACCUUCCCGCAAGAGAUUCGGGAACUCGCCGGACGCUUUCUGAAGCAGGAUUACACCUUUAUCACGGUCUAUGCAAGAAGAAAACUGCGUAAGAAGUGUAAAUCUGCGAUGCAGAACCUGCAACGGAGUUACACCUGUCUUGCCAGACAGCCACGCAGUCCUCUUUUCAUGUGUGUUUUCCCUUACAAACCACGCAUGACAGGUUUUCUCUGUCAUGUAGAGCCAAUUUGUGAUGCUGUCAGCCAAAGAUAGUUACACAAACACAGUUUUUUUCUUGGAUACGGUCGGUCGAGUGGGCGCAGCGGCGGAAACUGUGGAGCAGCAUUUUAUUCCGGUGCAUACGGAGGAAGAGAAGAUUGAGCAUUUAUUUGCGGUAUCAAAUGUAAAAAUGUCUGGGUCUGGAAGAAUGCCAGACUUGUCAUGCAGGUUUUCCAUGACCCAUGAGGUCUGGUAUGGAGGACAUAGCAUGACAGAUUCCGUGAGAGUUCUAUCAUGCCUAUCCUGCAUGAGAAACUGCCUCUCGAUUAGGUCAAAAGUGGACAGCUUUUGGCACUCAUGCAACACAGAUUUUGACAUGAUUCAGAUUUAGCAUGACAAGUUCCAACCUUCCAGACCCAGACAUUUUGACACUUCAUAUGCGGAGAUUGGAAGGAGCGAGAGUGGGGACGAUAAGGUACUGUGACGUAUUGGAAAACUUUUUGACAAAUAAGAUUCUCCGAAAACUACGAACUUUGUCAUGCAUAAACGUGCAUUGAAAGACAACUCUGUCAUGCGCAGAUCAACAUUUUUCAAACUAAACUUCUAUCAGGUCCUGGUUUUUGUGAACCAAAAAAAGACCUGCGCCUACCUUGCCCAACAGCUGCAUGACGCUGGGGAAGCCAGGGCAACUUCGAUUCACGGAGAUUUAGACCAGCAGCAGCGAGAAAAGGCACUGGAAUUUUUUAAGACGGGCAAGAAGCCGGUCCUACUCGCGACCGAGGUGGCCGCGAGAGGGUUAGAUGUGCCGAAAGUGGCGAAAGUGAUUAACUUCGACAUGCCGAAAGCCAUGGAUGGAUACGUAUAGAGAUAGUUAAGUUGGAUUUGUGUUGCAUAUAGAUUCUGUAUUGAACUACGAUAAGUCUGUCUUUCAUUGUCAAGCAUACUUAAUCUUCGAAGCGCCAGCUGUAGUGCGAUUUUUGUCUACCACUUUAUACUCAGCCAUGCAAGAUGAAAUCAGCUGCUCUAGUGAUUUGUGAAAUGAAAAUAGUAUAAAUAACACGAAAUACAUCUCCAAACAACCCUCCAGAUCCACCGCAUCGGGCGAACCGGGCGAGUAGGAAAUCGCGGCAUCUUAUCCACAGAAAAAACCCCAUCCCCAUCCAUUUUUUGCAUGACAAGCAACGGGCUUGGUACGUGUUUUGCAUGACAAAUUGGAUGUGGAUGGGUUUUUUUCUGUGCAUACAUCUCCGUCAGUUUCUUUGUCACACACGGCAACAAAGACUCCGAUACCAUGAUUGCCCCGGACCUCGUAGAAACACUGGAGCUAUCCUGUGCAAAAGCAUCGCGUUAGUAGUGAUUGCAUCACAAAUUAGCUCAGCAUGCUGUUUCACCUUGGGAUGGAGAUUUCGAUUUGUAAUGCAUAAAACUGCAAUUACAACUACGAGUGCGAUACUUUUGCAGUUCAUAGGAGCAGGCCAAUCUCGACGUGGAUCAGUGGCUGCGGGACGAGAAAUCCAAAGCGGGCGACAUGGCGCACUUCAGAAAGGUAUCAACUGCAAAAAUCCCUGGAUGUCUGGAAGAGUCGCGGCUUGUCAUGCACAUUUUGCAUCACCCGUGAGGUCUGUGAUGCUGGUGCUAGCAUGACAGAUUUAUUUUUGAGAGCUUCUUGAUGCUAAGUAAUUACGCAUGGGAAAUGCCCUUUCCGCGACGUGCCAAGAACUGACUCCCCUUACUGCUCAUGCAAGAACACAGAUAUUUUUUUUUUUUAGAAGCCUCAGACAGCAUUAUAAGUUCCUCUCUUCCAGACAUCCAGGGAUAUUUGCAAUCCAUAAAAGGCCAAGGGCUUCGGAUCUGGCGGUGGCAAGAAGGGCGGUAUUAAGAGGAAAAUUGUUCCCCCCUCCCCAUACUCAAAGGGAGAUUUGUGUAGCAUGAUUCGCGAUCACAAAUCACGUGGUCAUGCUAGAAGGGAAGAGAUCAUGCGGACUGUAGUGAUAGCUGGCGUUGGAAAGCCUUGCGGCUUCAGUAUGACAGGAAGCAACUGGAAACGGGAAACAGCAUGGCAAAUUGCCUGCAAAAGAGGGAGCGCCUGCGUCUCUUGGCCUUCUAGCAAUACAAGUCGAUUUAUGGUCACAGAUCAGCAUCACAAUAUGAGGCGGGGGGAUUUUUCCCUACGAUAGGCAGUGGCGGCGGCAAGGGUGGUUUUGGCAACGGAAAGGGCGGCUUUGGCGGCGGCAACAAGGUAUGCAAUGCAAAAUCAUCGUACGUAGUAUAAAUUGCAUCACAAGUUUGCUAAGCAUGACAAAUGCAAUUUGUAAUGCUGUUGCACCCUAGGACGAAGAUUUGUCAUGCAUAUUUGCAAUUCGUACGAGUACCGCGAUGCUUUUGCACACGAUACAAGGGGGGCGGCGGCGGCUUCGGCGGGCCGCCGGGCGGACAGUUCAACGGCGGUGGAAAAUUCGGAAAUGGCGGAGGGAAAUUCGGAAACGGAGGAAACGGCAUGCCGCCGGGCAAGUUCGGUAACGGCGGACCGCCGGGCGGAAACAUGCAGAACCCGAUGAUGGGCAAGAAUGGCUUUGGCGGUAUGCCGGGCGGCGGUCCGGGCGGGUUUUUGUCUCCGAACCACGGCCAAAAUCCGGUUUUGAACGAAAUGAACAUGAAGGGCGGGUUCGGGGGACCCCCGCAGAACAACAUCGUCAAGCCGGGAUUUGUAUCACUUGCAAAAGUAUCGGAGUCGUACUCGUGCUAAUUUCAAUAGACUGCAUGAUGAAGACAAGUCCUCUAUCUCACGUGAAUCAGCAUUACAAGUCCAAGUUGCACUUUUCUUUCCCGCAAAAUUUGUAUAUGCAAUUCCUACUUACUUCGAUGCAGAUGCUUUUGCCACGCAUAGUUUAUGGACCAUUCCGGCGGUUUUAACGGAAUGGGCGGCGGACCGAUGGGUGGGCCACCGGGCGGCCCGCAUGGAUUUCAGGACGAGAACGCUUUUGGACACAUGGGAGCCGGCAUUAACCCCGACGCGGCACCGUUCGUGCCGGGCGGAAUGGGAAUGGGCAACGGAUGGUCGUAAGAGCGGUGUUGUUGAAGACGGCGCUUUAUGACAAGUCGUCCCUGUGUCACGAACAGACGUUUUCUUUUACUACAAAAGUACAUCAAGUCACUAUUGUUCCCGACGAUUUUUAGUACUCCUGCAUUUUCUUGUGUGCAGGAGAACAACUGCUAUAGGUCACUUUAACACUUCACCUCAAAACAAAGAACAACAAGUAGAUUUUUUAUAUCAGAUUUUUGCAAAACUCAACAACCAGGUCUCACGAAGACCAGCAAGCCAGAAUGCUUAUUCUUACAACACCAUGAUAUUGAUCAACAAGAGGAGGCCCUGCUGCUAGCGGUGGUGGCUCCACUUCGUCCAUAACUAUCGAUAGAUUUAGAUGCUGCAUGGUGGCAAGAAGAAUUAUUUUCCCAGAUAAGCAAAACGUACUAAUUCUAGUAGAUAACUUAUAGGUCUAAGGUCUUUUUUUUGACCACCACACAACUUCAGCGUCAGCAGUAGAACCACCCAAAUCUGCUGAAGUCUUGCUGUUUUGAAGUUGUUGAGAAUGAUUUUCACUUUCUUUUACUCGACAACCCAGGUUUUCUUUCAGAAAGACAGACUAAGAUCACUCUAAACUCAUUGACAAGCUAUUUUCAUACGACUUUUCGAUUUUUCAUAUCUAUGUGCAGCUCUUCGCUUUCUUUGCAGCACACGGUCAGAAGCGAGGACGCGUGUGGCUGCAAUGUCCGCACGGCACCUGCUGUACCUGUAGCGGCGACAGGAACAGACAGACCUAUGCAAGAUAGAGGGCGCACGUUCGUAGCUGCAAUUACAGCUACUGCAGCUCAAGGCAAGAGAGCAAAUUUUGCUCUGCGUAAAGAAUUCCGAUAUAAAAACAAACGUAGAAUGAACUACAUCGGAACUACAACAAAAAAAUUAUACUCGAUGAUUAUAGAAAUCAAACACGGCUACUGAAUAAAUAGCAGGUGGAGCAGAAAAUGAAAACAAAAACACAAAAACCGAAACAGUACAAGUAGUACAGGGAGGUAUAUAAUUCGAAUUGCAGACUAUCAUUUGUUUCUAGAAAGCGUGAGUGCCGUAUUUUCUGCUACUAGAGCAGAGAGCAGGAGCACAUCCUGCUCUCUUUAGAUCACGGCGUCGAAAUGAGAAUAUGCCAGUAGUUGUGCGGGUAGAGAUGAAUGCAAAUUACCGACAAAUUAUGUUUUUCAGAAAUGCAGGCAAGAAAAUGCGACGAAGAGAGGUCCUUGCAUUCCAGUCUAUUUCAUAGAAAUCUGAUGAACUAGGAGCAGGUUUUUUACAUCACAGAGUAAAAAUUCUAAUUCAUCUCCGUGCCUUUUCAUCGAGGUUUUCUCCGAAGUAGCAAAUCAUAUUUUUUGUCGAUUUACCGAAGCCGAUAGUGGUUCUACCGCUCUUGAUCUGGUGUACUACUAGAAUUUCUUAUGCAAACAUUUGAUGAUACAAACGAAAGCAUGAAAUGAAAUACCGACCGAAAAUGUACACGUACUGGAUAAUUAUCUUCUCUGGCUCUCUAGAAAAUUGCUAUUAUACUUUUUAGGCGUAAACAAAAAAUGAAUUUUUCGACCCAGGCAAAUAGAGCAGAGGGCCAUUGUAUCAGUCAACAUCGACUAGUACGUAGUUUGUUUUAAGAAAACAAGCAACUAACAAAAUUUGUACAAUGGUGUAAGCUAGGUAGAGAAACGACGAGAAUUAUUCAUUUUUAAGUUUGAAAAAUUUUCAUCGAAACAAAAAAAAACACAUCAAUGCGAUAUUGAUGUACAACCUCCGAAUAGGUUGCAAGACUCUUAACGAAAGCCUUAAAAAAGACACUUUCUCCUGGCACCAGUGAGCGAUCGCUCGCUGCUAGUAUCACGCUACUUGGAAGAGGACGAGAUUAUGAUUAUCGUCAACGUUGGUAACUGUGCUGCGGGAGUAGACAAAGGCAGCAGCGCAGCCAAGCAACUAAAAUUUUUACGAACCUAAUGAACUACGAGGUAGGAUCCAACGUAGCUAACACAGACCAGCAAAUAUUUCUUUUUGCCGCUUCAAGGAGAACAAGCAAGGAAUAUAAUCAUCCAGCCAAAACCAUCAAAUAAGAAGAAAUGGGAGGCGGGAAGAUGACAAGGCGCCCCGCCGGAGAAUGCCGAAUUCUCAAUCGAAGCGAUUUCUUUUGAUAGCACCUGCUCAUUUUUGAUCAUGCAGUUGAGCUUUCAUAGUACUCAAAAACCGAUCGACGGCAGGGCGUGGAAAUGAGUCGAGAAAAAUUUCUGCACAU